ACUUGGCUAAUGUAUAUUUGUUUUAUACUUGCAAUAUGCAGAUUGACUAAGGAGCAUAUGCAGGCUGUGUGCAAGGUGGUGACCAAAUCUUCUGAAGAUGUCAAGCAGAGUAUAAGAAGAGCUCGCCAGAAGGCAUUGGAUACGAUGAAGAAAGCAGGUUCAAGUUUCCCAAAAGAUGAUGCCAAAAGAUUGGAGAAAGAAGUUGAUGAAUUGACUAAGAAGUUUAUCAAGUCGGCAGAGGAUAUGUGCAAGGCGAAGGAAAAGGAGAUUGCUGCAGGCUGAGUGGUGGCUUGUCGGUAUUCCAAAUAUCUCCGUUAGUACCAGUUUGUCUUCAUUUUGAAGGCUUUUACACCUCAAGUUCCAUAGUUGAGAAUUUUUAAGUUCUCAUCGUUGUUUGUAGACCUUAGAAUAAUGUAGUUAAACAAUUUUAGGGAUUAGAAACCACCAUGAGCAAGGCAAGUCUAUGUUCUGAGAAUGACAAGAAGAUUUAAUGUGGGAAAAAGAACCGUCACAAUUCCAUCUUGACAAUAGCUUUGACAUGAUAAUGGGAAUUCAGGGCCUCCUUAUUCCGAGGUAACAAUUGGAAGUGUA